UUUCUCGGCACUUCCGACGAUCCCCUCUUUCUUGUCCUUGUGCCUCCUCUCAGUCCUCCUCGGUCCCCUCGCUGUGCUCUCGGACUCGAUAUCUAGGGCAACCAGCCACCCGCAAUACCGGAGUUAAGCCACCCGGCCUAAAACCACCGCCAGCGCAUCGACUCAACAACACUCUCCAACUCCUCAACCACCUCCGGACCACCCGCCAAAAUGUCCUACAACAAACCCGUACGCACCCUCUCCAUUCUCCACUACCACAAAAGUCACAGAGCACUGACAAAUGCGUAACAGGACGGACCGCCUCCCUCCUAUCCCGCCCCCGUCCACGACGCAGGGCCCUACUACCCUCCCCAGGGCGCCCAGGGCGACUACUACAACCAAGGCGGCGGAUACCCUCCGCAGAACUACGGUCCACCCCCGCAACAGGGAUACUACGGCUCUCCGCCGCCGCAGGGUCAACAACCCAUGUACUACCCGCCGCAGCAAGGGUACCCGCAGCCGGGGUACUACGCCGAUGACCGCGGCGGCGGCGGCGGCUCCUCGGGCGGUGGUAUCUGCGCCGGUAUCAUGGCUGCGCUGGCCUGUUGUUGUUGUCUGGACAUUCUGUUUUAGAUUGCGUCGUCUUGCCUGCCGUUUCUACGCUGCUGCGGUUGCGACUUGGUUUUCGUUUCGUCUUUUGGCGCCGGAAUGGAGUUGGUUUCGUUCAUGGUGUACGGGGUAUCUUUCUUUGCUUGUUCAGCUGCGAAUGGUUCGUCUGUUGCAUUUUUGAUACUCGCUUAAUCAAACGUGUUGGUAUUGUUAUCGUGAUAUAUUACUUAUGCCGAUGCUAUAUUAUAUUAUAUCAUGGACAUUCAUGCUCGUACAUCGAGUUCAACUUAAUCACAUCAGUCAUAACCAGUCACACAAACAUAAAAAGAACAAAAUAAAAGGGUAUCAAUCAUCAAGACAUAGAAGCACUCCCCAUU